AUGGCUCAUUCAGAAGGGUUCCUGCCUACAAAUCGCAGGUAUUGCAGUGCUACACCAGCUCUGGACAAGUUUUCAUGCCCCAGUGUCGUACCUGCUGUCAGCCCCUGCUCCAGGAGCUCUUUUGUAGUGCAUCCCGCCUGGGUCGCCGAGCCCCUCAUCCCCCAGAGGUGCCAGUGCCUCCCCUCCCCUGGCCCAGCGUGGAAGAGGCUGAGUACACUGGGGAGACCAGUGGGCUUAGACAGCAACGUCCCUGUGCUGGUGAGAAGGGAACAAGAUGGGUUUUAUUACCGUGGUACAAUAAAAGAGGAGAUAGAGGGUGACAGAGGCAUGUUCCUGGUAGAGUUUGCCAAACCACUUGUGUCACGAGGAGGGCAUCCAGUGUGUGUGCAAAAAACAGCGAAGGAUGACAUCCUGGAAUACGUGAACACCAUGAAGCACUCCUUACUCCCUGGAGACAACGUGCUGGCACCCUGGGAGCCAGAUAUGGCCAGGUAUGGCCCAGGAACCGUCCUCACAGGAAUUGAGACAAGGGACCCCUUACGAGCUUCAGAAGAUGAAGAAAUUGUGGUCCAGUUCUGGAAUGACAAGAAAGUGAAACUCCCGCGAGAUGUAGCUCUGUGGAUCCCUCCUGGCCUGUGGGAGAGGAUUGUAGAGAUGAUCCAUAUGCCCUUCACCAGCAGAUUGAAGCCCAGAGAAAGUCCAGACACUAACUCUUGUAUUUUUCCAUGCAGUCCUAAACCAGCCCUGAUUCCUGUUUGUGCUGUACAUAGCCUUGUUAAGCACUGCCUGCUCUGCUUACCCUGCUGGCCCCAUUUCCACUGUCGCUGUGAUGGUAUAUGCUAUUUGACAGCAUGUGUAAGGUGCAUCUGCUGCUGCCAUCCCCACGUUGAUGCCUGGUGGCCUCUUCCAUACAGGUCUCUGGUCUUUCAGAGAGGAACUGAAGAGGCAGAGUCCAGCAGCGAGCCCUCUCCACACCUUCUAGAACUGGAAGGCCCAAACCAAGAAGAACCAGCAGUUGUGGCAGCAUCUUCCCCCUCUUCUGAUUUGGAAUGUGACCUGGAGCUAUUCCCUGCUAAGAAUACUGUGGUGGACAGCGCUGUUGACAGAGACUCUGGCUGUCCUGAGAAGCCAGGGUUAAAGGUUUCGGCAAGACCAGAGGGGAAAUACUGGAAAAAAAGCCACCACAAGUCCCAUCCCAAUAGUUCAGCUCUUCUUUUAGCAACUUAUCCCACGGAAAACUACCAGAACAAUGAAUCUCAUUUGGAAGCAGGACUUGGCAGUUGCAACAGGACAUGUACAAAAGGCAAGCUGGAAUCCAAAGCUAUCUCUGUUGGGGACGUGUCCCGUGUUGCAAUGUUUGAAACCAUCAAGCAGUCUCCCAGAGGCCAACUGACAAUGGAAGAAAUCUUAAGAGAUCAAGAUUUCAAGCUGUCAUUGGGGGAAGGAGGUUUUGCAGCAUCAGAAAAACAAAGAUAUAAAAAAGCAAGAAAGAAAACAGAGUCAGAUGACAAACGUCAAGCAAAUUGCAUAGGAGACAACAAACUUGAUGAUACAGAAUAUGUCAGAAAAGCACAGAGAAAAAACAGCAAAGAGCUCACUUGCAACAGAGCAGAGAAAGACCUGAUCAACCAGAAUUCAAUAAAUGUAUAA